AUGCCAAGUCCAGAGCACUUAGAAAAGGUUGUUGAUUCCAUGGAUGCCUUAGAUAAAGCUGUCCAGGAGAGGGAGGAUGCUCUGCAGCUUCUUCAUACCUGUCGGGAGAAAGCAAGACCUGGUGCCUGGAGAAGGGACGUUUUCAGACGAAUUAUCUGGCACAAAUUCAAGCAGUGGCCUAUACCUUGGUACCUAAAUAAAAGAUACAACAGGAAACGGUUCUUCGCGAUGCCCUAUAUGGAUCGCUUUGUCAGACUGAGAAUUGAGAAACAAGCCCACAUUAAAGCAAGAAAGGAAAGUUUACAGAAAAAGAAAGAAAGAAUUCUCCAGGCAAAGUUCCCACACCUCUCUCAAGACUAG